CUCGCCAGGGCCAUGGUUACUAAGUGGGGUAUGAGCAAAGAAGUUGGGCUCGUCACCCACAACUAUGAUGAUAAUGGGAAGAGUAUGAGCACUGAAACGAGGCUUCUCAUUGAGAAGGAAGUAAGAGAACUGCUUGAAAAGGCUUACAACAAUGCGAAAACGAUUUUGACCACCCACAACAAAGAGCUUCAUGCUCUUGCCAAUGCAUUACUUGAGCAGGAAACGCUGACCGGAAACCAGAUAAAGGCCCUGCUUACACAGGUCAAUUCUCAACAAAUACAGCAGCAGCAACCUCAAUUAGUUACUGAGGAGAGCACAUCACCAUCCAAUCCAGCUCCUCCGUCAAGUCCAACAGCCGCAGCCGCAGCAGCAGCCGCUGCUGCUGCCGCUGCUGGUGCUGCAGCUGCGGCCACUGCCGCAGCCAAAACCAAAGGCAUUGCUCCUGUAGGACCUUAGUAUGGUAACUUAUUGGUAGUUUUUAUCAAUCCAAUGUGCAUAUAGGGGAUCAUUUUCACGCGAGCUUUCCACCCUUUUCAUUGUUGAGUUACUAUCAAGGAGGUGAUUAAUGUAUGGAGGUGAGUUUAGAGGUCAAUGGAAAUAGUAACAGAUAAAUUGGCAAAUUCAUGUUGUCUAAGUGUGUGUCAUAUUUAGUUGUCCUAAGGCCUCUUUCUUUUGGUGUUAUAAAGCCACUUAGCUGACCUUACAGAUCUUAAUUUUAAUUAUCUGCAGACUCAUUUACUUGCCAAUUUGAGUUGGAUAUUUUUCAUGAGUAUAUUGUAAAAUUUCGCAGUGUCAGAACUUAAUAGUUUUCCAAUAAUGCAUUUACUCCUUACCUG